CGCUGCCGGCCCGUGCAGGCAUUACUGAGCAAGGCGUAGCAAAGGGUGGAAGCAGGAGGCCUGUUCAGAAACAGCAGCGAGGCUACAGAUGACCCCCUCUCUGUGGAGGAGCAUUUAUGUCAUGCUUUCAAGCGCUUGGAAGGUUUUGUGUUUGUGACCACCAGGAUCUUCAACUGCAAGGAUGAAAGUCCGCUGCCUCCUGCUGGUAGCUCUCUGGCUCUGCGCCGUUGACCUUGGCAGCCCCUCUGAGCGCUGCGACGACUGGGGCGUGGACACCAUGAAGCACAAGCCGGUCUACAAUGGGGAGCCUGCCAAAAUCAAGUGCCCUCUCUUUGAAGCCUUCCUGAAGUACAACUACAGCACUGCCCACUCCGCGGGCCUCACCCUGAUCUGGUACUGGAUUGGGCGAGGCCAGGACAUCGAGGAGCCCAUCAAUUUCCGCCUCCCCGACAACCACAUCACCAAGGAGAAGGACACCCUCUGGUUCCGCCCUGCUCUGCUCAAUGACACCGGGAACUACACCUGCAUGCUCAGAAACACCACCUAUUGCAGCAAAGUCGCUUUCCCGCUAGAAGUCGUUGAUAAAGACCCCGGUUCGUGCGUCAGCCAGGCCACCAGGCCAGAAGAAGUCCUCAUGUACCUGGACUACACGAACAAGAACCUCACCUGCCCGGAUGUGGAAGGGUUUUAUCCAGCCGGGACCAAGCCAAAGGUCUGGUGGUAUAUGAACUGCAACCUCAUGGAUCAUUUCCUUGAACGAUACCCCAGCGGCAUCAACCUGACCUUUGGCUUCGUCCGUGAGGCGUACCAGGCCGACUACACCUGUGUUGUGAGCUACAAGGAGAACGGCCGGGAUUUCAACCUCACACGCACUUUGAGGGUCAAGGUGGUAGGGCCUCCAGACAAGGCAAAGGUUCCGACGAUCAUCUCUCCAAAUAAGCAAGUCGGUUACGAACUCACCCCAGGAGAAGCGCUCGAGAUCCGUUGCGAGGUCCAGUUCACGUUCCUGAAGGACUCUCCGCAAGAGGUCUGGUGGAUGGUGGACGGGAAGAGCCCAGAGGACGUCGCUGACCUGAAGUUCAACAUCACACUGACGGAGAUCCCCUCCAGCCUUGGCGAGGUGACCAUUGUGAAGACUCUGGUUGUGCCCAAGGUCACGGAGAGGGACCUGAAGCGAAACUACAGCUGCUAUGCGCACAACCUGAAGGGGACUGUUCACCAGGAGGCCAUGGUGAAGAUGAAAGUCCCUGUGCCCAGGUACACGGUGGAGCUGGUCUGCGGCUUGGGGGCCACCAUCGUCCUGGUGGUCCUCCUCACCCUUAUCUACCACUUCUACUGGCUGGAAAUGGUUCUCUUCUACCGGGCUCAUUUUGGGACGGAUGAAACCAUCUUAGACGGAAAAGAAUAUGACAUUUAUGUGUCCUACGCGAGGAACGCCGAGGAGGAAGAGUUUGUGCUGCUGACGCUGAGAGGGGUUCUGGAGAACGAGUUUGGCUACAAGCUGUGCAUUUUUGACAGAGACAGCCUCCCCGGGGGAAAUAUCACGGAAGCCAUUUUCGACUUCAUCCAGAGGAGCCGGAAGAUGCUUGUGGUGCUGAGUCCCGACUACCUCCUGGAGAAGAGCAUCAGCAUGCUGGAGUUCAAGCUGGGUCUCCUGUGCCAGAACAACAUCGCCACCAAGCUGGUGGUGGUGGAAUAUCGCCGCCUGCUCCGCGCCCACCCCAACAUCCAGCAGCUGAGGGAAUCGGUGGCCUUCGUGGCCUGGAAGGGCGAGAGGUCCAAGCGCCCCGGGUCCAAGUUCUGGAAAGCCCUGCGCCUGGCGCUGCCCCUGAGGAGCCUCAGCGCCGCCGGCAGCUGCUCCUGGAACGAGAGCUGCUCUUCCCACUCGGACAUCAGCCUGGACCACGUCCAGAAGAAGAAGGGCCGCUUGAAAGGUCCGGCCGAAGCGCCCGGCUCCCGGCCAAAAGGCCUCCCCGUCCAAAGGGGCCUGGCCCCGCUGCCCAGGUCGAAGGCCAAAGACCACGCCAAGCCCUUCCUGGCCUGCCGCUGCUGCGUGGCGUACUGCAACGAGAACCACAAACUCGGGGGCCACGGGCAAGGCGUGGCCAAGCCCAAACUGGGGCCGCAGUGCCACCGGACGCCCGCGGGAGAGCCUAAGGGGCGGAGGCUGCAGAAGAACGAGAAGCUGCCGCCGCAGCAGCCGCCAGCGGUGGCACUGAGCCUUCGCCACUACGCGGACUUGUCAAACAACAAUGACUUUUUAUGUGCUCUAGGUGUCCCUCUCGCCCCCUGGGCAUUGGGAUGAGGGGAGAGGAGGUCU